CACGACACAAUCGCAUGUUGAUUCCAUCGAGAGAAACACGGCCCAAAAUGGAGGGGAACCACGCUAAUUUUACUGCAGAAGCUAAAAAGAUCGCGGCGUGUGUUGGAUGUGUUGGCUCCACUUUUCUGUUCUGUGUAUUAUACACUACAAAUGGACUAGGUGGGGGUAUAUUUGCUGCGUUUCCAAGCACCCUUCUCCUAUUCUUCCAAAUCACAAGCGCUCUCCUUCUCGCCUUGGCAUUCGGCUUUUCAGUUUACAUGUUGUACGAGUGGGCGCUGGACGACGAAAGCUGGAGCUUUGAGGCAUGGAAGGAUCGCACGAAGGAAGCACGACGCUUAUACUUCACAAGGAAAUACGGCCACUUCGUUUCUACUUAAACUUAUUAGCUUAUAAUAACAACUAAGGUCCGUCGUCGAAAUUUUAUUGAAUAAAAUAUCAUAUUUUUGGAUAAA